AUGAAUAUCCCCGGUGGAGUCUCUAUGCAAUGGUUUGUCCCCCCUGGCCAACAAACCAAACCUGCUAGCGAGGAGGUGCUCGAAAACUUGGAGUACGUCAACCCCGACGAACUCCCUGUAAAAGAAAGACAAUGCACGAUUUGCUACGACGAGUUCCAGAAAGAGGCUGAGCCCGCUGCCAUCGAUUUCUCCGACCUCUACAACUUCAAAGUGCCAGAAACCAGCUACUUUCUUUCCCCUGGCGACCCCGAGCUCCUCUACCCUACAGAGGCCACCGCGAAGUAUUGCGCUGUCAUCGGUAGGGAGUCGAAGAAAGACCGUCUACAGAGGCAGCAGAACGGCGAUGAACACGCCAAACACGAUGCGGUAAGAGUCCCCGACUGUGGCCAUAUUUUUGGCCGGUCGUGUAUCAUCGAAUGGCUCAAGGAACACGCCUCGUGUCCCUUGUGUCGCGGGGAGGUCACAGCCAGCACAGCGCUGGAGCACAGGAGCUUUCAGUUCCCAGAAUCGAACGCCCUGCCGAACUUUGCAGGUCCAGAAAACUUGCUAGACGAUCCGGCGGUGCCAUUCCCGGUGUACCGCGCGCAGACGUCGCGUCAAUGGUGGGGUUCCCAUUUGCCUAGCGGUUUCCAUGAUGUGCAGAUCGAUUUUGCAGACUACUCCCCGGGAAUGGGCACUCCACAGCUUGCGCGGGAGAAUCCGCUCCAAGCUCACGCCAGGGCUGUUGCGAGGGCUGCCAGAGCACCUACAGCUAAUGGAGCGGAGGCCCCGGGAACGACAGCUACCGGAGCAUUUACCACCACAGCGGCUAAUGCUGUGAACCUCCCAAGGGGUGAAGCGCGUCUGCCCGUGAUAUUCACCAGCUCAGGACCAAACCAAUUCACCGUGAGGUACGACUUUGGCCCUACGCCCACUCGUACGCCCGGUGUUUCAAGCAAUGCCCCCAGUACAGUCCCCGGUACCCGCCUUCACGCCCCGCUAACUGACACGUCGGCCGAGCCAGAUACUGCAGAACUGUCCAGCACCACCAGAGAAAGUUCUACUGACAGAUCUUCAGGUGGCCCCACACGUUCGACCGGGUCUACGACACGUAGUCCUCGCGUCUACCAUCCGUACAGGCCGAGUUAG